GCAACACAGCGGGAGAAAUAUUCUUUGCUCCCGAUUCAUUCCGCCAUUGCUUAAUCGACCAAUCACCAUCGAGUUUUCGCACACACUCAUAGUUUGGCGUGUACAUGUAGGCUAGACUGUGUUGUAGUGUUGGUUGACGGGGAGAAUAUGAAUUCAAUAUUCGCCCAAUACAAGAAAAAAUUUUUGUUCAUUCCAAGUUGCGCCGCCAUUCGACAUAUUUCAAGCAGUGGAGUUUCUAAAUCGCCCGCCAGUUAUUGGUACAAAAAAUCAAAUUAAUUUUGACCAAGUCAACAAAAAAAAACUUGUAAAAUUUGUGAAACAACAACAAAGUGAUAUAAAAGAAAUAUAACACACCAUGAGUUACCAGGCCGAUGUAUUGAAUUCUGCCCAUUUGGAAUUGCAGGGGGGCAACGGUGCUGAAUUGAGGCGUCCCUUUGACCCCACCGCUCACGAUUUGGAAUCCACAUUCCGUUUGACACGUUUUGCUGAUUUAAAGGGUCGUGGCUGCAAGGUGCCCCAAGAGGUUCUGGGUAAAUUAGUGUCGGCCCUGCAACAGGACUACUCUCUGCAAGAUCAAGAUGCUCAAUUCAUGAAUAUGGCUAUACCGCGCAUUGGUAUUGGUCUAGAUUGUUCGGUGAUACCAUUGCGUCACGGCGGCCUUUGUCUGGUACAGACCACGGACUUUUUCUACCCCAUUGUGGAUGAUCCCUAUAUGAUGGGUAAAAUAGCUUGCGCCAAUGUUUUGAGCGAUUUGUACGCCAUGGGUGUCACCGAUUGUGAUAAUAUGCUAAUGCUGUUGGCCGUUAGCACAAAGAUGACUGAAAAGGAGCGCGAUGUGGUGAUUCCCCUGAUAAUGCGAGGCUUUAAAGAUUCCGCCUUGGAGGCUGGCACCACAGUUACCGGUGGACAAAGUGUGGUCAACCCCUGGUGCACUAUUGGCGGAGUGGCCUCCACAAUAUGCCAGCCCAAUGAGUAUAUUGUUCCCGACAAUGCUGUGGUGGGUGAUGUUUUGGUGCUAACCAAACCUUUGGGUACACAGGUGGCGGUAAACGCCCACCAAUGGCUGGACCAACCCGAACGUUGGAAUCGCAUUAAGUUGGUCGUUUCCGAGGAAGAUGUACGCAAAGCCUACCAUCGAGCCAUGAAUUCGAUGGCCCGCCUUAAUCGCACAGCCGCCCGUUUGAUGCACAAAUAUAAUGCCCAUGGUGCUACUGACAUUACAGGCUUUGGCCUGUUGGGACAUGCACAGACGUUGGCCUCCCACCAGAAGAAGGAUGUCUCGUUUGUGAUUCACAAUCUGCCGGUCAUAUCGAAAAUGGCUGCUGUAGCCAAGGCAUGUGGUAAUAUGUUCCAAUUGCUUCAAGGUCAUUCGGCCGAAACAUCCGGAGGUUUGCUAAUCUGCUUGCCACGCGAACAAGCCGCCGCCUACUGCAAGGACAUUGAAAAGCAAGAAGGCUAUCAAGCCUGGAUCAUUGGCAUCGUCGAGAAGGGCAACAAGACUGCCCGCAUCAUUGACAAACCUCGUGUCAUUGAGGUGCCGGCCAAGGACUAAAUUGCAAUCCACACACACCACACCAGAAUAGAAUCCGCCAAGAGUGAGUGAUGAAUAAUAGGGGCUGCUGUUGUCGCCAACGUUUGUAAUUUUAAAUGUAUAUCUUAAAUGUAAUAUCUUCCGCAUUAAUUCGAUAAUGAGAAAAAAAAAACUAACAACGACGAUUUUCUUCACUUUCACAAUUAUCAUUAAGUUACCUUCGUGUUUAGCAUUUAAUACAUAAUAAUCUCUAUCCUAAUUUACUUUCUUACUCCCCCUUCAUAAACAUAGAGUUUCGCUUUAAAUAUUUUUACGUUAUUAUUUACAUUUUAGAACUAGUAUUGUGAGAUGUGGCUUUGUUAAAGAUCUACAAUAAUUCUCCUAAACCAGAUGAAUAGUAAUGAUGAUAUAUGUAUGUGUGUAUAGAUAGAUACCUAUACAUACAUAUAUUAUGAACGUAUUGUUCUUUCUAAAACAAACAGUGACCUAUAACAACAAAUGCACAAUGGUAAUGAUAGUUAUUUUUGGGUUUUUUUUUUUUGCAAAUUACAAAAUUUUGUACUCUUGUACAACCAGUUUUUUUUCGUUUUUGUCGCCAGAAAAAUGUAUAAUUUUAUAUUUUACUUUUGUAACUUCUAGACGUACGUAUCGUAUGCAUUUUAUCCUUAAUCUAUGAAAAGAAAAACAAAAAACAUUGAAAGAACCUAUUUUGUAAGAAUGGAUGGAUGAUAAGAAAGGAGCAGAGGACGAAAUACAAAUAAAAUUGGGCUCUGUAAA